GCAGGUAGGUGGAGCCAGCACAUUGUGCAAAUCUUACGCAAGAAUCGCGGAAUCCUGAUCAACCGCAGAGAGGCAAUAAUGUGGGCGAUGGCGUGUCGGCGUUACUCCUGUGUUUUUUCCAAGGUAGAGCGCUAAAGAGAGAUGGGCGUGACAACGGGCUGUCUGGACCACGAAUAGUCUCCGGGAGGAAAGAGCAUCUCGCAGUCUCCGAUGUACCCGAUGACAACGGAGAGGCAAUGCCGACUGUCGGGUCCAAUGGUUGUUCCAUCCAACAUACCUUCGCAGGUGGUGUUUUAACAACGGCACGACGUCCGAUAUUGAGGCCGCACGGGGAUUGACACAAUCCAAAAGGGAAUAAAAAAAUCUAACGGACCUCCUUCGGCACACAUUAGCGGCUGUGAGCCCACAUUGUGGCCGGCGGGCAUGGUUUUGGAGGGUAGCUCGGAGGCCCUGUGUCCCCCGCCCUCACUGGAGCUGCGCCCGUCCUGCAACAAGAGCCAGCCCUCGCCUCCCCUGGGCUCAUGCUCCACGCCCCACGACGGACUCUUCCCCGGGGACAAGGAGCCCGUCAAAUACGGGGAGCUCAUCGUCUUAGGGCACAAUGGUUCCUUGGCCAAUGGGGACAAGGGGCGAAGGAGAAGUCGCCUGGCCCUCUACAAGAGACCCAAAGCCAACGGGGUCAAACCUGAUGUCAUCCACAAUGUCUCCACCCCUCUGGUGUCAAAGGCCCUCAGCAACAAAAGCCAGCACAGCAUCUCUUACACCCUGUCCAGGAGUCACUCGGUCAUUGUAGAGUACACUCAUGACACCAACACAGACAUGUUUCAGAUCGGGCGUUCUACAGAGAGCAUGAUUGACUUUGUGGUGACGGACACAGCGGGCAGCAGCACCAGUGGUGGUGGCGGUGGGUGGCAGGUCCAGGGGGCGGCAGGCGAGGGGGUCGGAGGAGGAGGAGGGGGGCAGUCGGCCCAGAGCACAAUCUCCCGCUACGCGUGCCGCAUAAUGUGCGAGCGCAACGCCCCUUACACGGCCCGCAUCUACGCCGCCGGCUUCGACUCCUCCAAAAACAUCUUCCUGGGGGAGCGGGCUGCCAAAUGGCGAACGUCAGACGGCUUGAUGGACGGCCUGACCACCAAUGGCGUGCUGGUGAUGCACCCGGCGGGAGACUUUGUGUCGGAGCCGGCGCCAGGCGUGUGGCGGGAGAUCUCGGUGUGCGGGAACGUCUUCGCCCUGCGGGAGACGCGCUCGGCCCAACAGAGGGGAAAAUUGGUGGAGAACGAGUCCAACACCCUGCAGGACGGCUCUUUGAUUGACCUGUGCGGUGCCACCCUCCUGUGGCGUACCCCGAUGGGCCUGCGCCGCACCCCCACCCUCAAGCAGCUGGAGUCCCUCCGCCAGGAGCUGAAUGCCGCCCGGCCCCAGUGCCCCGUGGGUUUUAACACCCUGGCCUUCCCCAGCCUGGCCCGGCGAGAGAUUGUUGACAAGAAGCAGCCCUGGGUCUAUGUCAACUGUGGUCACGUGCACGGCUACCACAACUGGGGCUACCGGAAAGACAAGGGCCACAACGUGGGCCCCGGGGGGACGGCUCCGGCGAGUACCGGGGAGAGGGAGUGCCCCAUGUGCCGGCGCGUGGGCCCCUACGUGCCCCUGUGGCUUGGCUGCGAGGGCGGGCUGUACCUGGACGCUGGGCCACCGACGCACGCCUUCUGCCCCUGCGGCCACGUGUGCUCUGAAAAAACUGUGGCGGGCUGGAGCCAAAUCCCGCUGCCGCACGGAACGCACGCCUUCCAUGCCGCAUGCCCCUUCUGCGGCACCUGGCUGACGGGCGAGCAGGGGCACAUCAAACUCAUCUUUCAGGGGCCCGUCGACUGAGGCCGGAGCUGAGUGGCUGAGAUAAGGGGCAGGCUAGAGGGAAGGUGGACUGGGGAAAUGUCUAAAAGGACUGUCUGUAAGGAAACGUGAAGGGACAAAAAUAGCCAAGACUGUCGAAAUGACGAUGGCCUGAACCGAAGAAGAGAGGCAAACGUGAUGGAAGUAGAUGAUGCAUAAAUGGCAUUUGAGUUGUAUUUGGGGAAGAUGUAAAUAAAAGGUGUUGAAAUGAA